AUGUCGAAAUUCGGCGACGUGCUGAAGAAUGGAUGGCAUCCAGAGAAAGGCGCUUCACUCAAAGGCCAAGUGAAAGGUCUCGUCGGCCGCGGCGAAGACUCCAAAGACGAACGCAAGGACCACGUCUCCCGGCCGCUGCACACCCUCACCGACCCGUCGUCCCUACCACCGCCGCCGCAGCGUCGCGGUACCGGACUCACCCCAGUCCCCGUCUCGUCGUCGGGCGGCGACAAGCGCAAGGUCGUCACCGCGCCGUCCAAGUACCAGGACCCCCACGGCCCGCGCGUCGAACCGCCGGCCCGCAUAACACGCGAACCGCCCGAGGGGCAGGAGCAGAUCGAGGAGGCGACGCCGCAGCCGCCUCGCCCGUACCGGACGAAUACGACAGGCCUGCAGACCGACCACUUGCCGCCGCCGCCGGGUCGCAGGGACGGCGCCAAUGUCAGAAGCCCGCCGUCGUACGGCGCGGCGACCAACACCACGGGGGUGGCGCGUGCCGUGCCGGCUCUUCCUGGUCGUGGUGGUGGUGCAGGAGCUGCUCCGCCGAGCCUGCCGCCGCGGCUGCCACCUCGUGGAGCAGCCACACCUCCCUCUUCGAGCCCUCAAUCCACGGGAACCGGCGGCGGCGGCCUGCUCAACCAGGGCGCUGUGAAUCGACUCGGGGCCGCCGGCGUCUCCGUGCCUGGCCUCGGCAUCGGCAAGAGCAAUGCCGGCAGCAGUAAUGCCGGCCAGCAGCAGCAACAGGGCGGUAACCACAUGAACGAGCUUCAGGGUCGCUUCGCGCGCUUCAACACAUCAACGAACCCGCAACAGGAGCAGCAGGAGCAAGCAGGAGCGGCGACGCCAGCGACCAGCCAGGGCACGACGUGGGCGCAGAAGCAGGCGGCGCUCAAGACGGCGUCGCAGUUCCACAAGGACCCGUCGCAGGUGUCCUUCGCCGACGCCAAGGCCGCGGCCGGCACGGCCAACAACUUUCGGCAGCGCCACGGCGAGCAGGUCGCCGCGGGGUACGGCAAGGCGCAGGGGUUGAACCAAAAGUACGGCGUGGCGGACAAGGUCGGGGGCUUCGCGAGCAAGUUUGGAGGUGGGGUAGGUGGUGGUGGUGGUGCCCAGGAGCAGCAGCAGCAGCAGCAGGAGACGGGUGUGGUGGCAGCGGUAGCAAAGAAGAAGCCACCGCCGCCGCCGCCGCCCAAGAAGAAGCCGGGCCUGGCCGCGGCGGCCGCAGCAGCACCACCAGCCGCCGAGGAGGAUGCGCCGCCUCCGAUUCCCAUGUCGACAAGACCAGCUUUCUAG